GUACCCAGGGUUGGGACCUCCCCUGUCAGUGGAUUUCUGUGCAAAGCACAAACUGCCACACGCGUGGGGCCACUUCCUCAGGACAGCCCAGUGCAGAGCCCUGAGCCCACCCAGCCUCUUCCAGAAACCCAGAGCUCAUGGAGAUCUCCCACCCCCACCAGACGAUGAUGAGAGUUCUUGUCAACCCCAUGGAACGAGGAGCUGGUCCUUCCCUGCUUACACUCUUCCUUACUUUGGCUUCCUAAAGGUGUUCAAGAUGUCAUUGAAGGUGCAGACGAGCAACAUAACGAACAAGAAUGACCCCAAGUCCAUCAACUCCAGAGUCUUCAUCGGCAAUCUCAACACAGCUGUGGUCAAGAAGUCAGAUGUGGAGACCAUAUUCUCCAAGUACGGCCGCGUGGUGGGCUGCUCCGUUCACAAGGGCUACGCCUUCGUACAGUACUCCAACGAGAGGCACGCGCGUGCCGCCGUGCUGGGUGAGAAUGGGCGCGUGCUUGCUGGCCAGACACUGGAUAUCAACAUGGCCGGGGAACCUAAACCCAACAGACCCAAAGGGCUGAAGAGAGCAGCCUCCACAUUAUACAGCGGCUAUGACUUCGACUACGACUAUUACAGAGACGACUUCUACGACAGGCUUUUUGAGUACCGGGGCCGGGUGUCUCCAGUGCCCAGGGUGGUUCCAGUGAAGCGGCCACGUGUCACCAUCCCCCUCGUCCGGCGUGUGAAGGCAACGCUCCCCGUCAAGCUCUUUGCUAGAUCGGCUGCCAUUGCCAACAGCUCGGCCAAGCUGAAGUUGAAGUGCAGCGAGCUGCAAACAAUCAAAACUGAGCUGACACAGAUCAAAUCCAACAUCGAUGCUCUGCUGGGCCGGCUGGAGCAGAUUGCUGAGGAACAGAAACAGUCCACAGAGGUACGGAAGAAGGUGGAUGGCAGCAAAAGCGAAGUCUCUCAGGAAGACACAGCGUCAGAGGCAGAGGUCAACACAGAGGAGCCGCUGAAUGGGGAUGAGGGAGAGGAGGAGGGCCUUGCACGGGAUGAGUGUGAAGACGAACUGGAGAACAGCCAUUACACAGACGUGGAGGAUGCCAGACUACAGUAACCAGCCCGUUUAGAACAGCAGUGAGUGAUGGUGUGAGGAAAGCACGAGGCUAAACCCUGUCCUGGCACGUUGAGCAAGACAAGCUAAAUUGAAGUGCUGCUGUCAUCUCUACCUGGCAUUCGAAAGGAGAAACAUGGCCCAACAUCUUCCACCCAUCUGUAAAGCAAAGACAAAGAAAACUCAUCCCAGCAGAUCCCCACGACCCCGUGCAAUGGAUUCAGAGCUCUGCAGCCGGCACAGGCAGCAGCCAAACCCUGCGCGAUCCAUAAUCCCCCCUGGCUGGGUAUGGACCCAGUGAGUCAGAGAUGGUACGGGGCUGUUGGCAGGAGAGGAAGGAGAACUGAGCCCAACUCAAUAAAAACUUUUUUUUCCCGUGCUAGGUGAGAACCAGAGCAUUUGGUAACUGGGGGAAAAGUACUGUCUCAGUUUGGACAAUUUGUGUUCUCACACUCAAAGUCACGUUGAGGAAGAGGUUGCGGGGUGAGCUCUCCUCCCAGAGCGGUCACCUCCUGCUGUGGCUCUGGUCCCAUGCGCUGCCGCAGGUACGUGGCUGCUUCCAGGUGCACAGGAGCCGGUGGCUGUGCGUGUGCUGUGCUCUUUGCAGCUGCUCGAAGAGAGGAGAAGGCAAGGGGAGGCUGCCUGCAGGAAAGCAAGUGAUCCCAAGCAGGAGAAACAAGGCCUGCGUCAUCUUCAGCCAUACGGCCUCUUUGUUUUCUACUGAGAAACCACUCCGUUAAGUCUGAGCAAGCCCCUGCAGAGAGGGGGUGCAAGCACGCGUCAAGCAGAUGGAUGUGAUCCUUCUGGAGCAGCAGCGCCCUGGAAGGGCUGUGACCCCUCUCCAGCCACAGCAGUCAGCCCCUGCCCUGCUGCUCACGUCUGCUCCUGAGCCAGCUCCCCUGGGUGACUGGGGCUCCAGGAGAGCGGUGCGCCAAUCCCUGACCACCGCGCUGUGCUCCAUCACCCGACAGCUCUGCGGAGCAGCGACGCUCCUGAGCGCGGUGAGGCCGGUGACAGUGACCCCCAGCACAACGCGUGGGCAUGCGAGCACCUCUUUCUCCUGCUUUUGACCCCUGCCACGUCCUGCGAGCAGGAGGCUGCAGCAGCCCUUUCUCACCGCAACACCCAAGAAGUCUCUCAGCCUUUCUCAUCGUGUUCCUUCCUCUUCCAUGGGCUUGUGCAGUUUUUCUGGGUUCAGAGGUGGACGGGACUGAGACUCACGCAGCACUUUAUUCGGAUCAGUUGUGUCCUCCCCGUCUCCCUUCUGUCUCCCACUCCCCCUCCAAAACACACACGCACACACAAUCAGUGCUUUGAAUCCAGAAUGCUGUCCACACCUUCUCCUCAGUCCAACAGUCUGUGUGCACCCCCCGGACUGCACAUGGUGCUCGGAAAGGGGACUCCUGCUUUCUGCUCCAGCGCUCAAAGCCAGACCUCUUCUACAGCAUCUCUCUCUGAAGGGUGGAGGGGAGAACAGGUCGUGGGGGCACCGCUUCCCUGCCCGGAGGACCAUCCUGGAGCAAGCAUGGCUCUUGAAGCACAACGUUUUAUUUGCAUUUCUUAGUUUCGAAUAAGUCACGAGGGAAUGAAGGGAUAACCGUGCUUUCCCCUACCUUUUUCCGGUUCCUGUACAAUUUAUCCAUUGUGUUGUACUGAGCCGUUGUAGAGCUGUUUUCUAGGCUUUGAGAGAUGAGCUGCGGUUUUUGCUAUGAACUGGCUGUGAUGCUGCUGUUUGGGAGGAAGGUGACCUUGUACAUAUGACCCUGUAUAAUAAAAGAAAGAAAUCUAAAGAAAUCUAA